UGAAGAGCCACCUUAUUAUUAAUCAGAAUUCCCAUCGUUAUCCCUGGCAGGCGCAUCCUUCAGUAGGGACCGCAGAAGCAUCACAGAGCUGGGGCUGAGAUGUGCGUGGGGGUUGUUUUUGUUGCAUCUUGGAAGAGAAGAGGACAGCAUCAAGAUCAGUGCCAACCGUGCUGGGUGGGCUUAGGGGUGUUUUGUUAGGGUUGAGGAAGGACAAGGAGUGUCGGGCCCGCCAGAGGUCCACAGCUCCUUAAAGGAAAGGGAAGAGGGAACCAAAGUGAGGUGUUGUUUUUAGGCGGUGGGAAAAGAAGUUCGUACUCCCACAAAAGAGCUGCCGAGAGGCAGGAGCAACAGGGUACUGGUCUGGACGCCAAGACAAACAAUUUCCUGUACAGAAGAGGAAGCAGGCAGCAGGGAGGUCUGGAGGCCAGAGUGUGGUGGUGGCAAGGGCCAGGUCUGUUGUGGGACAGUCAGCAGGAGGAAGGGAAGGUUCAGGAACAAGCGGGACGAUGACUCAUUUACAAGCUGGUCUCUCUCCUGAGACCCUGGAGAAAGCUCGCCUGGAGCUGAACGAGAACCCAGACACAUUGCACCAGGACAUCCAGGAGGUGAGGGAUAUGGUCAUCACCAGGCCGGACAUUGGCUUUCUGCGCACAGAUGAUGCCUUCAUCUUACGCUUCUUGCGGGCCAGGAAGUUUCAUCACUUUGAAGCUUUCCGCCUUCUGGCCCAGUACUUUGAGUACCGGCAGCAGAACCUGGACAUGUUCAAAAGCUUCAAGGCCACUGACCCUGGAAUCAAGCAGGCACUGAAAGAUGGCUUCCCUGGGGGCCUGGCCAAUCUGGACCACUAUGGCAGGAAGAUUCUAGUCCUUUUUGCAGCCAACUGGGAUCAGAGCAGGUACACACUGGUGGAUAUUUUGCGUGCCAUCUUACUUUCUUUAGAAGCUAUGAUUGAAGAUCCUGAGCUUCAAGUGAAUGGAUUUGUUUUGAUCAUAGACUGGAGUAACUUCACCUUCAAGCAAGCCUCCAAACUUACACCAAGCAUGCUGCGACUGGCUAUUGAAGGCCUUCAGGAUAGUUUCCCAGCACGAUUUGGAGGAAUUCAUUUUGUCAAUCAGCCAUGGUAUAUCCAUGCCCUGUAUACCGUGAUCCGGCCUUUCCUAAAGGAGAAGACUCGGAAAAGGAUAUUUUUGCAUGGUAACAACCUGAACAGUCUACACCAACUAAUUCAUCCUGAGAUCCUGCCUUCUGAGUUUGGAGGAAUGCUGCCCCCUUAUGAUAUGGGAACAUGGGCAAGAACACUGCUAGAUCACGAGUACGAUGAUGACAGUGAAUACAAUGUGGACUCCUACAGUAUGCCUGUAAAAGAGGUGGAAAAGGAACUCUCUCCCAAGUCCAUGAAGAGAUCCCAGUCAGUAGUGGAUCCUACAGUACUAAAACGCAUGGAUAAAAAUGAAGAAGAAAACAUGCAACCUUUGCUCUCUCUGGACUGAUAAAUUCUCUACACUCUCCAUGGAUUAGAAAUGGAAGGUACUUGUUUUCAGCAACAGGGACAGCACUGUGGAAGAAUGACCAGCUGGAAACUUAUUUAUUCAUGUUAAUGUAGCAUAAUAUAUAAUAAGGCAUU